CAAACGCACAGCCGCAAGUUCGCUUGAUAAGGGCGAUCAUUUGGGGGCAGUUGAGUGGUUGUAACGCGUCGACGCACACAAUUCACAGCAUUUAAAAGGCCACUCGAAACGCUUUAACUAACGCGGCACACAUCAUGGCAAUGGCAACACACCUGCUCCGGCAUGGCAGCACCUAUUGGCUGCUCAGAAACUGUCGUCGCUCGAGGCCACUCACUCUGGCGCGUUGCCUGCACUUCACGCCCUGCCUGGAGAAGAAGGUGGCCUUCAACCUGAGCGACAUUGGGGAGGGCAUCCGGGAGGUGACCGUCAAGGAGUGGUUCGUCAAGGUGGGCGACACCGUCGAGCAGUUCGACAACCUGUGCGAGGUGCAGUCGGACAAGGCCUCGGUGACAAUAACCAGCCGCUACGAUGGCAAGAUCACGAAGAUCUAUCACAGCAUCGAUGAGCUGGCGCUGGUGGGCAAGCCCCUGCUCGAGUUCGAGGUCGAGGAUGCCGAGGAGGAGGAGGAGGGGGAGGCUGAAACGAGCAGCAGCGAUAGCAGCGACAGCGACCUGGAGUCCGGUCAAGCUGGCGCUGGAGCAGCUGCCAUCCCAGCUGGGCGUCACAUAACCCCGGCCACGCCCGCCGUGCGCCGCCUGGCCAAGGAGCACAAGGUGAAUCUGUCCGAGGUGCCGCCCACGGGCAAGAAUGGACGCGUGCUCAAGGGCGAUGUGCUCGAGUAUUUGGGUCAAGUGCCGCCGGGCACAAAUGUGCCCCAUCCCAGCAAUUUGCUCAAGCAGAAGACAGCUCCUCCAGCUGCUGCUCCGGACGUGGCGGCGCCUGCGGAUCGCGUCGAGCCGCUCAAAGGUGUGCGCAAGGCCAUGCUCAAGUCUAUGACGGAAUCGCUGAAAAUUCCACAUUUUGCGUACAGCGAUGAGAUCGACAUGUCGAAUCUGGUCAAGUUUCGCGCCCAGCUGCAGUCGGCUGCCCAGGAGCAGGGCGUGCCCAAGCUAACGUUUAUGCCGUUCUGCAUCAAGGCGGCCAGCAUUGCCCUGGCCAAGUAUCCGAUUGUGAACAGCAGCCUGGAUCUGGCCAGCGAGUCGAUUGUCUACAAGGGUGUCCACAACAUAAGCGUGGCCAUCGACACGCCGCAGGGCCUGGUCGUGCCCAAUAUCAAGAACUGUCAGGCGAAGGGCAUCAUUCAGAUAGCCAAGGAUCUGAAUGCUCUUGUCGAGCGCGGACGCACUGGCUCCCUGACCCCAGCGGACUUUGCCGAUGGCACCUUCUCCUUGUCCAACAUUGGCAUCGUGGGCGGCACCUAUACGCAUCCGUGCAUCAUGGCGCCCCAGGUGGCCAUCGGGGCGAUGGGCAGGACCAAGGCGGUGCCGCGUUUCAAUGAAAAGGACGAGCUGAUCAAGGCGCACAUCAUGAGCGUCAGCUGGUCAGCGGAUCAUCGGGUCAUCGAUGGCGUUACCAUGGCCAGCUUUUCCAAUGUCUGGAAACAGCAUCUCGAGCAGCCGGCGCUCUUCUUGCUACGCUAAGACAUAUGCCAGCGCCAGCUUCACUGAUCAACCGUUAAGGCUGUUCUCAUGCAUUUAUUUACAAAAAACAAAAAAACAAAAACAAAAUCAACUAGGAAUAUAGGAAAAAACCUCUACAACAACAAGAACAACAACAAGAACUCAGAUGCCUUCUUGGCCGCCAUGUGACGCACUUUUCCUAAACCCCCUCAGAAUGUGCAUUUAUAUCGGACGCCGCCCAUGCGGUCUCCCCUCUAGCUUUAAGCUUGUCGCGCACAUGGCCGGGCCAUGCCCCCCCUUAAAAAAAACAACAACAACAAACGAUUUCUUGUAGUCUCUAAUGCAGUCCAACUGCAAUUUUGUGUAUAUUUCUAAUAUAUAUAUAUAUCUAUUUUGUAUGUAUUCACGUUGUAAAUGUUUGUCCAAUAAACAUCC